AUGGUGCCCCGCGGAUCGCUGCGCGCUGCCGGCUCCCUGCUGCUGUGCUGCGCCCUGGCCGCCGCCCGCGCAGCGCCGCGAAGGACGCCCUCGUUCGACGGGCAGGUCGCGGAGAACCGCGCGGCGGGCACGCGUGUGCGCGGGCUGAGCAUCCCCCUAACGCGGCUGGCGCCGGGGCCGUGGUGCGCGCAGGUGCGGGGCAGGCGCUGGCGGCUGCAGCUGCUGGGCGCGGGGCACUCGCACUUCCGCGUGUGGCUGCACGCCCGCACCGCGCGCGUCCUGCUGCGCACGGCCCGCCCGCUGGACCGCGAGGCCCGCGCGCUGUACGCGCUGCGCCUGGCGCUGUGCUGCCGCCGGUGCCUGCCGCGCGCCGCCGCGCCCGCGGAGCUGGCUGCCAUCACCGUCCGCGUACUGGACGACAACGACAACGCGCCGCGCUUCGCGGGGGGCCCGCGCCGCGGCGUCACGCGGCUCCGCGUGGAGGAGACGCUGGCGCUCGGCUCCGCCGUGUGGCAGGCGCACGCCGAGGACGCGGACGCGGGCGCCAACGCGGAGCUGCGCUACUUCGCGCUCCCGCGCAGCGAGCACUUCUUCGUGGUGCCGCGCAGCGGGCGCGUGCUGCUGGUGCGCUCCCUGCUCCACCUGCGAGCGCCCAUCACGCUGCGCCUCUACGCGCGGGACCGCGGCCGGCCGCCGCUGCUCAGCGCCCCGCUGGAGCUCGAGGUGCUGCCGCAGCCCAAGCGUCUCCCGAUCCCCCGCGAUGCCGCCCGACGGCGCCGCCGGUCUGUGCUGGUGCCUCCCCGCGCAGCCGCCCGGCCGCUGUCCCUGUCCGUGCCAGAGGACGCCCGCCCGGGCAUCCGCCUGGCGACGCUGGUCCCGGAGCGCUUCGCUUCUGCCUGGUUCGAGCUGGUGUCGCCGCCCGUCGAGGAGUCGCCGGUGCGUGUGGAGCGGGAGAGCGGAGUGGUAACGCUGAGGGCCGGCCUUGACAGGGAGGCGGUGGCCCACUGGAAGUUCGUCGUCCGCGUCCAGGAGCGUCCAGGUGGUGAAGACAGAUUUGAAGUUGAGAAGGACACUGGCUGGAUUAAAACAACGGGUUUGCCACUGGUGAAGGACAAGGAGUAUUUGCUGACUGUACUAGCAGCAGAUAAACUUGGAAGCAGAGGGUCUCCAGCUUCUGUAUCUGUAAUUGCUGGAUUUCGACCACCCCAGUUCACUAACAUAUCAUACUUUGUUUAUGUUCCUGAAAGUAUGCCACAAGGAAAAUCCUUUCUUACAGUCACUGCUGUGUCGUAUCAGAAGAAAUCCCUGAGCUACAGUUUACUGACUAAUCCCAGUGGUCUGUUCAGUAUUGAUCAGGCAACAGGAGAUAUCAGUUUAACUCAGAGUGUGGAUUAUGAGAGUGACCAACACCAGUACCUUCUUUUGGUCAGAGCACAGGAAAAUGAGCAGUUCAGCAGUGCAGCAGAGGUUUUGGUUGUAAUCACAGAUGUGAAUGAUUGUGCCCCUGAAUUUCAUCAGUCAAUUUACAGCAAGGCUGGUGUUCCUGAAACAGUUACUAUGACAACUGCACUUCUACAAGUGACAGCCACUGACUGCGAUUCAAAAGAGAAUGCCGAAUUGCUAUAUUACACUUUGAGUCAAGACUUCAGCAUUACUUCUCAUGGUACCAUUUUUCCAGCAACACGGUUAGACUAUGAGCGACCUAACCAUCUGUAUGAGUUUAUAAUUAUGGCUGUAGAUAAAGGAGAAGAGCCAAAGACUGGGACAGCGACUGUUAGGAUCCAUGUUUCAAAUGUGAAUGAUGAAGCCCCUGAGUUUUCCCAGGCAAUCUACAGGAGUUUUGUUUCUGAAGAUGCGGUCCCAAACACAUUAGUUGCUACAGUUAAUGCCAUUGACCCUGAUGGAGAUGGUGUGACAUACAGUAUUCUCUCUGGGAAUCAAAAACGAAACUUUGUUAUUGACCCUAAGAAAGGGCUAGUUAGACUUCGUUCAAGUCCAUUUCUGGAGCUGCAAGGAACAUAUGUACUUAAUGUCACAGCUGCUGAUGAUAAUGCCUCUGGAGGUCCCCAUUCUCUUACAAGUACUGCCCAGGUUGUUGUGAAAAUUGAUGAUGUCAACAAUAACAAACCUGUCUUUCAGAAGUGUCAGUAUUACCAGGAACAUGCUUUUGUACUGGAAAACCAGCCUUCAGGGACAGUUGUACUGCAGGUUGAAGCUACUGAUGCUGAUGAAGGAGCCAAUGGUCUAGUGAAAUACGGCUUGGUGCAGAGAGAUGGUGUCCUGCCAGCAUUUAGUGUUCAUCCUGACACAGGUGUUCUGACAACUGUUCAAGUAUUUGAUCGAGAAAAGCAAAGGGAAUAUCCUAUCACUGUGACAGCAACAGAUCAGGCAAUGGAGCCGCUCAUUGGAAUGUGUCAGAUAAAUGUUAUCAUCCUGGACCAAAAUGACAAUGAUCCGAGAUUUGAAAACACCCAUUAUGAAUAUUUCCUAAGAGAAGACACAAGAGUUGGGACCAGCUUUCUUCGUGUUGCAGCCCAUGAUGAUGACUACAGCUCCAAUGCUGCCAUUACAUAUUCAAUAGCAAAUGAAGAACCUAAUUAUUUACAGAUUAAUCCUACUACAGGCUGGGUGUUUGUGAACCAACCCAUAUCUCAGAGGUCAUCUAUAAUUCGAGAGAUUAUUGCUACAGAUGGAGGUAAUAGAAGCAGUAAAGUUGACCUUGCAGUAAUUAUUACCAGUGCAAAAACCCAGCCUCCACAAUGGGAAAGAGACAGCUAUGAAGUUGUUAUUCCAGAGAACACGACACGAGAUGCAUCAAUUUUGACAAUCAAAGCAACUUCUCCCCUUGGUGAUCCCCGUGUGACUUACAACUUAGAAGAGGGACUUGUUCCGGAGACCAACAUGCCAGUUCGUUUCUACUUGACUUCAAAUAGACGUGAUGGUUCUGCAUCAAUCCUGGUAGCUGAGCCACUAGAUUAUGAAACAACAAAGAGCUUUCUGCUGAGAGUUCGAGCACAGACUGUUGCUGCAGUUCCUCUGGCAGCAUUCACUACAAUCUAUAUUAGUGUAACAGAUGUCAAUGAUAAUGUCCCAUUCUUCACUUCACCUGUUUAUGAAGCCUUGGUAACAGAAGGAGCUGAUGUGGGGACAUUUGUUGUUCAGGUGUCAGCUGUCGACCUUGACCUUGGUCAGAAUGGUGAGAUAACUUACUCCAUGUUACAUGACAGUAGCAGAGACUACACAUAUUUUCGCUUGGACUCACAGACAGGCUCAAUAUACACUGCCUCAGUGUUUGACAGAGAGAAGAAAGUGUCCUAUCUUCUAGAAGUCAAGUCAGUAGAUGGCUCUGAGUCAGCUCGACCUGGAAAGCAUGGGAAGCCAAACUCUGACACUGCCUAUGUGUGCAUUUUUAUCAGUGAUGUGAAUGAUAACAAGCCUGUCUUCACUCGAAGUGUCUAUGAAGUAAAUGUGGAUGAAGACCAGGAUGUGGGCUCAACUAUCAUUACAGUCAGUGCUACUGAUGAAGAUGAAGGAACAAAUGCUAAAUUACGGUAUCAGAUCACAUCUGGGAACACAGGAGGAGUCCUUGGUGUAAAAUCAGAAACAGGAGCCAUUUUUAUUGCCCAACCACUGGAUUAUGAAGAAACAAAAAUGUAUGAGAUUCGCAUGUUGGCCUCUGAUGGGAAAUGGGAAGACUAUGCAGUUAUCAUCAUCAAUGUCAUGAAUAAAAAUGAUGAGAUUCCAGUUUUCUCUAUCAGUGAAUACUAUGGAAGUAUAAUUGAGGAACUGGAUGGAUUACCAGUCUUUGUACUUCAGGUUUUGGCAAAUGAUCCUGAUAGUGAUGUGGAUGAAGCAGAUUUGAGAUACUCAUUGCAUGGGCAUGGCGCAGCUGAUGUUUUCACAAUAGAUGAGAGAACGGGUAGCAUUUACUCCAACAAGAUGCUGGAUCGGGAAGAGAGAGCACUGUGGAGAUUUGUUGUAUUGGCUACGGAUGAAGGUGGAGGAGGACUUACAGGAUUUGCUGAUGUAAUUAUUAACGUGUGGGAUAUAAAUGACAAUGCACCCAUGUUCACAUGCAUGCCUGAUGAUUGCAACGGGAAUGUCUUUGAAAAUUCUCCUGCAGAAACAUUAGUCAUGGAAAUGGGUGCUGUUGACUGUGAUGAUCCAAAUGUAGGUCUUAAUGCUGUCCUGACCUACAGGAUAACAGAGAACGUAAGAAAUGAGUUUGGUGCUGACAUGUUUAAUAUCAACGCUGAUACUGGGACUAUCUAUGUAGCGGGGGGAAUGCUAGACAGAGAAAGGACUGAAAAUUAUUUUCUUACUGUUGAAGCCAGAGAUGGAGGAGGUCUAACAGGAACUGGCACUGCCACUGUUUGGAUUGCAGACAUCAAUGAUCACGUACCUAAAUUCAUAAAAAACGUGUGGCAGGCAGUAAUUCCUGAAAACAGUGCCAUCGACUCAGAAGUGGUGCAGGUGUGUGCUACAGAUGCAGAUUUUGGGGAAAAUGCUGGCUUAAUAUUCAGUAUCGUAAGGGGAGACCCAGAUCAGAAGUUUUAUAUUGGGAAUGACAAAGAAUGGCAGUGUGCUGCUAUUCGACUGAAAAAAAAAUUGGAUUUUGAGAAUGCACAUGAAAGGCAGUUUAAUCUUACUAUUGCAGUGGAAGAUCUUGAUUUUUCUAGUAUUGCAGUGUGCCUGAUUGAAGUUGAAGACUCUAAUGACCACAGCCCAAUUUUCCCUUCCCAGUUUAUUCAGACAAGCCCUUUCUUUGAAAACACACCUGUAGGUACUACAGUAACCACAGUAAGAGCUACAGACAAGGAUUCUGGUUUGAAUGGGAACAUUAUAUAUUCUAUACAGUCAGAUUCAGAUCCCAUGAGACAGUUUGCAGUUGACCAGUAUGGUCAUUUGGUUGUGGCAAAUGCACUAGACCAUGAAGUCAUUCAAAAAUACAGUUUAAUUGUCCAAGCUUCAGAUGAAGGGACACCUGCCCGCACUGGAAGCGUUACAGUUCUGAUUAACUUGCUUGAUGUUAAUGACAAUGGACCAAGGUUUGAGGCACCAUAUAUGCCUGUAGCUUGGGAAAAUAUACUGAAGCCUGAAAUAGUGUCAAUGAACCAUACAUCAAAACUGCUGCAUGCGUUUGAUCCAGACAGUGAGGAAAAUGGGCCACCCUUCAUGUUUUCAUUACCCCCAGAUUAUCAGAGUUCUUUGGAUUUUUCUCUUACUGACAACAGAAAUAACACGGCGACUGUAACUGCUUUGAGGUCCUUUGACAGAGAAAAGCAGAAGGUGUUUCAUCUGCCAGUAGUUAUAACAGAUAGUGGGAUUCCAGCUAUGAGCUCUACAAACACCCUAACUAUAACAAUUGGUGAUGAAAAUGACAACUGCCAUGAAUCUGGCCAUAAGGAAGUCUAUGUGUACAGUUACAAAGGAAAAUGGUCAACAGCAGUGCUUGGGGAAGUGUUUGCACCAGAUCAAGAUGACUGGGACAAUAAAACAUUUCUCUCUGAAGGAAAAAUGCUGAAGUCUUUCAGAUUAAAUCAGAAGACUGGUUCUUUGAUGAUGGUGGAUAACACUCCUCAAGGAAUGUACAACUUAAAAGUUAGGGUUUCUGAUGGAGUUUGUCCUGAUGUUAUAUCUACAGUACAAAUCCAUGUUGAAGAGCUGGAAAAUGAAGCUAUACAAAACUCAGCCGCUGUGCAUCUGUCAGAUAUCACAGCAGAGGAGUUCAUAAGGAGAGAUAAACAUGGCAAAACGAAACAUGGCAAGUUCAAGGAAUUACUAGCAAAGAUUUUACUCACUAAGUCCAGUGAUGUCAUGGUCUUCAGUGUGACGAACAUUGAUGGAAAACAGAUAGAUGUAAGAUUUGCAGUCCGUGAUGGCUCAUCAUAUUACAGACCUGAGAAACUUCAUGCGGAGAUGGAGGCAUUUAAAAAUGAGGUCCAGUCAGCUUUACAGCUGAGCAUUUCACAGAUCGAAGUAGAUGAAUGUAGGAGAGCAAACUGCAGCGAGGGCAGUGGCUGCAAAAACUACCUUGCUGUGAGUGACAUCCCAACAGUGGUGGAUACGGGAAGUGUGUCGUUUGUGUCAGUAACAACCACCACCAGUGCAGUCUGCACCUGCUCAGCUCGGGACCGAGUUCAUCACUCAUGUUCCUCCUACCCUCAAAGCCCUUGCCUCAAUGGUGGGGUGUGUAUUGACACUUUGAAUGGUUACAGAUGUCUUUGUCCUGCCUCAUUUCACGGACCAGACUGCCAGCAGACAAAGCACAGUUUCCAUGGAAAUGGUUAUGCAUGGUUUCAUCCCAUCAGGCCUUGUUUUGAAAGCUCACUCUCUCUUGAGUUUAUUACUGUGGUUCCAGAUGGACUUUUACUGUAUAGCGGUCCUUUAUCAAAUCCAGAACCUGCGAGUACAGAAAACUUCAUUGCAAUAGAGCUCUCCGGUGGCAUUCCUGUGCUGAAGAUGAGCCAUGGCUCAGGUUUUGUGAUGCUGCAGUUUCCAAGUCACCUGAAUGUAGCAGACAAAAAGUGGCAUCAACUGGAAGUCAGAACUAGCGGUCAGAAUGUUCGAUUCAUUUUGGAUCAGUGCAGUGCAGCUCUUGUUUCGGAGAUUGAAGGGGUAGGCAAAUGGCUUUCCACUGAAGAUCGUACAAACUGUGAAGUCUUUGGGUCUGUUCCACGAAGAGAAAGGUAUUUGCAUGUGAACCACGUUCUACAGCUGGGUGGUGUAAAGGAAUCGUUACCAUAUUCCUACCCACAGCUGCUACACAAACACUUUUCUGGUUGUUUGCGCAAUUUCAUCUUGGAUACUCAGGUAUAUGAUCUUCAGUCUCCUGCAGAGUCCCUGAAUAGCUUCCCUGGCUGCACGCUUACGGAUGGGAGCUGUGAGACCAUGGGGUCUUCUUCCUGUGGUGUUCAUGGGAGGUGUCUUGGAGACUGGGGCUCAUUUGCUUGUCAGUGUUUGCCGGGUUACUAUGGCUAUCAGUGUGAUAAAGUUGCCAAUGAAUAUACAUUUGGGCCCGGAAGUCACAUUCGCUAUCAGCUUCCCAUCAGUGUGCCUGCCCGGAGGACACUGUUUGAAGCCAUGAUUAGGACACGGCAGCCUGAUGGUGUCAUCGCAAGCAUGUUGUCUCGAAAUAAGGAUGAAUACAUCACCCUGCAGGUUGUUCAGGGAUUAUUAGUGGUCUCAUAUAAUCUGGGUGAUGGAGACUAUUCUGUAAGCCUUCCCUCCUACCGCAUUGAUAAUGGUGAAUGGCAUCAUAUCACACUGGAGAGAAAUGAAAAUGAAUUUACUCUUCGCCUUUAUGAAGGAGGUGGAAAGAGAGAAAUUCGGAAAGCAGCAGGAAUGUACAAAGAGAUUGUGAUUGACCCCAGUAGCUUGGUCCUUGGAAACACCCACCUAUUCAAUCAAAACAGGAGUUUUCAAGGAUGUAUGAAGGAUGUCAGAUUUAAUAACUACAGAAUCCCUCUGGACACUCAUGUGAAGGAUCUGGUGUCAGUAUUAAGUGCCCAAGGCAUCAAAGAAGGCUGUUCUUCAGAAGCUUGUAGGAAUAACCCUUGUAACCAGGAAUUUAUUUGUAUUGAUUUGUGGAUGAUGCAUGAAUGCAGUUGCCCUCCAGGAUACAUGAUCAUGGAGAAUGCCACUGGUAGACAAUGUGUCCACACUGCGUGUGCUAAAAGACCCUGUAAAUACGGCACCUGCAUCUCACAGUCACCAGCUGAGUUCCAGUGCCGCUGCCCUGAUGGCUAUACUGGACAUACCUGUGAGGUCACACUGGCCGUCUUUCGCAAGGAUACAGGCCUGAGCUUUAGAUCCAUGUUUGCCAUCUGCAUUUGCUUUUUGGCUCUGUUAGCUCUUCUUGGUGCUGGAUUCUUGUGGGCUCACUGGAAGACUCGCAAAGGUGUGAAGCGAGGAGUUUACCAUGUAUCUGCCCAGCAUGAAGGUUUGGAGGACGAGAAAAUAUCCUCAAUUACAAUGAAGAAGGGGGUGGGGAGCAAGACGAGGCUGCAUGCAACGUGGCAGAGCUGCAGGUGUCUGUUCAAAGCAGUGCUGCCUAUUCCCUCUGCAAGAAGAAAGAACAACCAACAAGGCUGGGCCGUCUCCUCAGUGACGUCCCCAGGCACACAGGAGCAGACCAGGCCCCCUGUGACUGUAGGAGCGUCCUGGACUAGCGCAGACUUCUGUCAGUGCUUGUCAGAUGCUGUCUGAGAUGCCGACUGUCGUCCGCAGGCGGUACCACACCCGCACGCUGCGGGUGUUCUGCAUGGAAGGAGCAGGCUUGGUGGGCAGCAGCCUGAGCUCCCUGAGCUCCUCUGGACUGGAGGAGGACCUUGUGUAUGAUGACAUUAAAGAGUGGGGACUGAAGCGUCUCAAACUGAGUGAACUGUUCUCGCACACAGAUGCAGAAGAGCUGUAGUUUGCCAAGUCAACUGUUUUCAAAGCAAGGGUGAAGGACAGUUUUUCAUGCUCCUGUUAUGUCCUACCCCAGCCUCUUCCCUUUUCUUCCCCUGUUGUGGGAGGUGGUCAGAUUCCCAUUAGCCAGCCACACUUUGCAUCUGAUUGAACAAUAUAGUAGCAGGAGCUAAUUGUGGGAUAUUGUGGGCAUUUGUGUUCAGGGAUAUAAAAUUACUGGAAGGCAAUACUUAUUUACCUACAGGGUUUAACAAAUAGACUUGUCAAGGUAAUAAAGGACUCUGUGAGGUACUAUGUAUGUACACUAAGACGGUGCUCAAAGCAUGAAGAAAGUACACUGUGUGUCCAGUUUUCAGUAGGAGCUUUAUCAGUUGGAGUUAAAAAAGCAUGUCAUCUUCUCAUGGAAAUCAGCUCCAUGUUGUGUUACAGCCAUACCUGUUUUCCUGACUAAGCCUCAGCUGCAGCACUUGCUUACUGAACCCACUGCAGACCAGGGUCUGCAUAUCCAGGUAAAGGAACGAAGCAGCAUGGAUGGUCAUCUUCAGCUUCAGUUACCUUAAUGAAAUUCCUUCAUGCUGUUGUUUAAAUGCAGAAUCUGAAUUUAGGCGCAACACAUCAAUCCACUGCUUGCAGCUAAAUAUUGGUCUGAAUUAAAAGGCCAGGAUUUCUAAGAUACCAGCCCCAAAGAUGUCUAGUUAGUAGCAGACACCACAGUUCACUGUGAUCUCUCAUUCCUAAUGAGCUAUUAAACUGAGCCUAAACUAAGGAGCAGCCUGAACCUUAUCAUUUGCAUGUACAUUCCUGUCCCUUGAUUCUGCUAAACUUCCUUUAACAGAAGCAUUGCAAGAAUUAGGGCUGAGAGGCUGCAGACUAACUGCUCUAAUAGAAGCACUGACCCACUACAGCUGUAGCCAAGUACUGCCUUGGCAGGGAGAGCUGACCGGGGAUUCAGAGGCAUUUUCAGUGAAUUAAAACACAACAUCCCUUGGAUGUGUCAGAAUACCCAGUGUCUUUGGGAUGACUGAAGUCCUGUAUCCAGAAAAGAACUUCACCUGGUGCUAGCACUUCUAAAAUUAAAAUCCUGUGAUAAAACCCUGCCAAAAGUCUAAUAAUCCAAAGAUGGCAACUUUCCAAAGGCUGUUACUGACAGCACAGAGUAACACAGGCCUCCCUCGGAUACAGGUUAGUAGAAAAUCAUCAUCAACUCGGGACAGAGAAACGCAGGGAAAAACUAACACUGUUUGCAGGGGCUGCAAUAUUAUGCUCUAAGUUAUCAGUCCCUUUUUCAGACGGUUUAAUGGCCAGCUGACGUUCUGUAGUUCAUUUUUUAAAUUUGACAAUAGUUGGAAAAGGCCCCACAAGACUAAUUUUUUUUUCCUUUUAAAUUGAGGCCUCUUGUAUAUAUGAAUGGAGUAAAGUACAGCAGGAACACCAUCUUAGGACACAAACACAAGAAGCAGCAUAGAAUAUGUGACUUACAGGCUGAUAAAACGAAUAUAUCAUACAUUAAGAUAACUUGUUUAAAGCAUCAAACUGUAUUGUAAAAGCAAUUAAAACUGCUUUGAUUAAAGUUGCAGAAUAGCUUGUUUUGGGAGGUCUGGCUGUUGUUUUUGUAUUAAAACCCCAUGAACAAACAGGUGGGUGAGUCUGUGGCUGGCUUAAUUUGCACCCUUCCCAGAUGGGAGACAUUCACAUGGUAACCUUGUUCCUGUGUGCGUUUAUGACAUGUUGGAAAACCUUGAGCACACCGUUAACCAGUGGUUACACUGCAGAUGAUGUGGUGUUUCCUUCUGGAAAAGCUAAAUGCCAUUUUCCCCCAACCUGAUAGCUUUGAUUCACAGGCUGUACAUAGUCUGUGAUGUUGAAAUAUUACCAAUACUCCUACCUGUGAGGAAAUACAGGCUAAAAUACCUCUCAGUGUUCACAUGUGAGGUGUGUCAGCCUCUAUAUUUUGUGAACAUAGAAGUCACAAACAGGAUCUGGAAAAUGAAGCAAAUAUGUUACACACAAAACUCUCUUCCUUCCCCAAACAGGAGUAACUUUGCACACCUUAUGCUCUGUCCAUACCUAUGGAUAUGCUGUUGUUUUGGCUGGUUUUAAUCAAUUUUAGCUUGUAAGCUCCUUGGGGCAAA